CCGCUGUGUUCAGGGGUUGGACUCCAAAACGUUCUACUUCAUGUAUCGUCUGAUUACGUGUAGAUCGAACUGCUUUUGUGGGGUCUCGGUCCGCCCUGCCUGUUUCUAGGUGUUGCUGUGAUGCAUUUUUGCAGUGCUGUUCCGCUUUUCUGUUCCUGGUGAAGCUCUUGGUGUACAUAGCAAUGUACUGUGUGUGCUGUUGCGAGAAGAGAGGAAAAAUUGAAAGGAACUUAACUGAUGUAACAGGGAAAAUAACUGUAAGCUUUGGGGAAGAUGUUUUGGAAAGAUAUUAUGCCUGUAGCGCUGAGAUAGCUCAAACACGAAAUUAUUUUAAAUGAAAUGUGAGGAUAUAGGCAGGCAGCGAAAAUUUUAACAGAACUAGUAUGAUUAUAAAAUCCCAGGAAAAAUAUCUUUUGUGCCUCAUGUUUGGAUAGGGAAAGGAAAAGCAAGUAAAGAGAGAAACCUAAACUUCUAGUAGUUGAAUUGUAAUGAAGACAGUGUAGAAAAUAAACAGUAUUUUUUUAUGGCAUACUGUUGGUAGUUUUAGUUGAGAGUGAAAAGGGGCAAUAGAGUUAGAAGGGCUCCUGUAAUUGCUUGGCUCCACCAAAUACGCUGUGAAAGAAGACGACUUCUUUAUGCAGACUUUAAAGGCUGAGCAUCUUUGAGGAUGAAAGCAUGAAACUACGACAGCUGAAACUAGAGAAUCAGAGAGCUCUUUUAGAGAAGAAGCAGAGGAAGAAACGUCUUGAUCCUUUGAUGGUACAGCCAAAUCCUGAGGCAAAGCUGCAUAGGUCAAAGCCCAAAGGGUGUGAGGAGCAGACUCCUUUAGUAAAAACUCCUACCCCUUUCCACAGUGAUGUUAUUUUACAUGGUAUUGAUGGACCAGCUGCUUUCCUGAAGUCAGAAGUGCAAGAUUUGGGGACCAAGCUCCAAACUCUUUCUGCUGGAUCUUCCAAAACAGAAGACGAUGCCGAUCGGGAAAAUGAUGGAGAGGCUCUAACAGACACAGCAGGCAAGCCAGAUCUGCAAGAAAUCUUAGAGAAACGAGAGGUUACGUGCUUGAUUUUGACAGGAAUUUCAGGCAGUUUGAAUUUUGAUGAGGAGGAUGCAGAAGAGGAAGAAGCUAGUAAGAGACCAGCUUCUCAUUCACCAUAUCCUGAAACUGAGAGGCCUAGCUCUGCAAGCAGCGUGAAAUCUUUCGCAGAAACAGGUGCUUCCUGUAGUCCAUCCGCUCCGGUAGAUGCCCAGCUGGGAGAAGUAGAGAACUUGGAGGAUUUUGCAUUACACCCUGCACCUCGUGGUAUUACAGUCAAGUGUCGAAUCACUAGAGAUAAGAAGGGAAUGGACCGGGGCCUCUUCCCAACUUAUUACAUGCAUCUGGAAAGGGACGACAACAGAAAGACAUUCCUUCUUGCAGGGCGAAAACGGAAAAAGAGCAAAACAUCCAAUUACCUUAUAUCAGUUGACCCAACUGAUUUAUCCCGGGAAGGGGAAAGUUUCGUUGGAAAACUCAGGUCAAACCUCAUGGGAACAAAAUUUACAGUCUAUGACCAUGGAGUUAGCCCCAUCAAGGCACAAGGUCUAGUGGAAAAGGCUCAUACAAGACAGGAGCUUGCAGCUAUUUGUUAUGAAACCAACGUGUUAGGAUUCAAGGGUCCCAGAAAAAUGUCUGUGAUCAUUCCAGGAAUGAAUAUGAAUCAUAAGCGAAUUCCAAUACGUCCACGAAAUGAACAUGAGAGUCUGCUUUCAAAAUGGCAAAACAAAAAUUUGGAGAACCUCAUUGAGUUGCACAACAAGGCUCCAGUUUGGAACGAUGAUACUCAAUCCUAUGUUUUGAACUUCCAUGGGAGAGUCACUCAGGCCUCGGUGAAGAACUUCCAGAUUGUCCAUGACAAUGACCCUGACUACAUUGUGAUGCAGUUUGGUCGUGUAGCAGAAGAUGUGUUCACUCUGGACUAUAAUUAUCCUCUGUGUGCUCUUCAGGCCUUUGCUAUUGGACUCUCCAGUUUUGAUAGUAAAUUGGCCUGUGAAUGAGAGACGACAGACUUGAAACUCACUCCCAUCCCUGCAUCUUGUUGUAAGAGUUCCAGGUGGAGUAAUGAAAAGCACAUUGGAGGUGGAAGGGAACUGGAGGAGAGACUUCCGCAGGUUUAUUAGAAAGCAAAUACCAGGCCUCGGAGCAUUACAGUAGUUGACAUCUUAGGAGACUGUCCUAAGACUGAGCAGUCUCUGUAUGCAUUGUGGAAGAACAAGAAAUACAGGUGAUGUUUUUGACAUCAGUGUUGAUUCUGCUUUCAGAAUCCUUGUAACAGAUGCUGUGUUAGAGUAGGCUAAGGAAUUCAGCCCACUAACUGGAACUUCUUGCAGCUAGGAUCAGAAAAAUGAUGGCUUAGUGUUCAUAUACCUUUGACUUCCACAGUGCCCCUGGAGAUGAUGCUACAGGUCUGAUCAGGAAUAAAAGAGUUUCUGCUCGGCUGAAUUCACAAACAAGGAGGACAGUUAUUGGCCCUGUGUAUCAUUUCACUGUCUGUUACAAUAGUCAGACACGGAAUGACUCAGGUUAUGGCUUUGUGCAACUGUAGGUAAUGUUCAACAAAUACAGAGCUGGAGUGAGACAUUGGCUCUAAUAAAACACUUUACUCUUACUCUGUGGGAUGAUUCUCUGUUAAGGUUGAUAGUCCAGUUCCCUUUCAUUAUUCUAGUUGCUCCAUAUCCCUUGAUAGUCUUUUUACCAAAUAAAGAACAAUCAAAUCUGAAA